AUGGAGUCUGAUCGGGACUUUAGUAGCAUCGUCCAUUCACCGCCAUUUACUUUUCUGGUCGGCCCCAACCACACCAAGCUUACCAUCCAGUCCGGCCUCGCCCGUCAUGUCUCCCAGCCACUCGACCAUCUCAUGAACAGUGGGGAGACCCGCGAGUCAAAGCACCACAUCGCUGUUCUGGAAGAGUAUGACGUCGAAACUUUCGUCGCCUUCUGCGAGUACGCCUAUACCGGCGACUACCGUGUGCCGCCCCCGGGGUCGCGCGAAGAGGACCGCGAGGAGCAGGCCGUAAACAAUCCGUUUCGCGGUGUUUUCUCCAACGAUCCUUCCAGCCCAGCAGCUAUUCCUCCGCGGGCCCCGACACCCCCUGGUCGACCGGUAGACCAACCCCAUGGGGACGACCACGACAAGUCUCUCGAUGAUGGGUGGAGUCGUCCGGACGAAGAGCACAGGCCUGCUGUAGUGGAGCACAGUUUCCCGGGCAAGGAUGACGACUGGGAGUGUGCCAUUGCUGAUGAUGAGCCUCAAGAACCAGUACCUGCGACAAAAGAGGCAAGCGAGCAGCCUCCUCCAACUCCCGCAGCGGAGCAGAAUGAUGGCGAUGGAUGGGACGCCAUUGGAGAUGAUGCAUCCAAGGGAAAAAAAGGUAAAAAGAAUAAGAAGGACAAGAAAAAGAAGAAGGGAGCGGCCGCAGAGGAAGCCGCGCCCAACCUGACACCUCCAUCCACGCCACCCCCCUCGAACUCGAAGCCGGAAGAGGAAGCCGCCAAUCCUGCUUCUGAAACCAACGCAGUGUCUGAGGAUGUCCCUCCAGCUCCUGAGACUGCAGAGAUACCUCCUGCUCCGGAGCCAGCUGAUACUGCGGCGGCGGCGGCCUCAUCGCCCACCGAGAGCUGGGAGCACACUGCGCCCACGCCUCCAGAAGAUGGGGCAGACGCCCCCAGCAAAGAGGACAACAAAGACCCGAAGGAAGAGACACAGCAGAAGGAGAGGGAAGAGUCCAAAGAGCACCAGGGAGUCACGGCCAGACGACAGACGGGUCCAAUGAUCGACACCUCUUUCGCCAGGCAGCAGUACUCCCGGAUGAACGAGAAAGGAACCAGUCUCUGGGACGAGUUUUCAGCCAUCGACUACGUCGACCCCCGCUCUUGCUCCGUGACGAGGCCUCCAAGCGUUAUGUCUGCUCGGUCCCCGUUUGAGCUGCCAUACCUGGUCUUCCAUGCCAAGCUGUACGUCUUUGCGACCCGAUACUUGAUCCCUGCGCUGGCCCAGCUCUGUCUCCGCAAGCUCCAUCGCGACCUGCUGUACCUGGGAUUCGCGGAAUCGAGCAUUGAGAGUGAGGACGAGGAGCAGCAUAGCCUCAACACCACCAAGGCCAGAAAGAUUCUUGAUCUCCUGCACUACACGUACACCAAGACUACUCGUCUGGAGCCGAUCACCCCCACGUCAGCUACACAGCUGCGGGAUAACGAGCUACGGAAGCUGGUCGUGCACUUUGCUGCCUGCAAGGUGCGUGAUUUGGCGGCCUACUCUCCACCAGUAGAGAGUGAUCUUGUAUCUCCGUCGAGCAAACCAUUGAAGCCUUCAGCGCGGGGCUUCCGUGCCUUGCUGGACACCACCACCGAGCUUGCUUCGGACCUGGUGUAUCGGAUGAUGAUGUGA